CGUAGCUCAGUAGGUAGAGCGUGAGAAGCUUAAUCUCAGGGUUGUGGGUUCGAGCCCCAUGUGAGAAAAAAGUGGAAAUAAAGUGUGAUCAAACUCCGAGAUCGUCCUGGGAGACAGAAGCCCCAGAUACGCCGCUGGCUAAGGGCAGAGCGACCAGUUCUCCGCCUCCCCGCCCUUUACCGCUAAACGAGUCCGCAAGAAACAAAUAGCAAUUCUCGUUCAAAUUCAUUGCGGAAGUGAUGACUUCACUUUCGUUUCUCCUGAAUACAUCGGCCGAGAAAGACGGUUCGCGUAGUUUGGGCGCGCUCGGCCGUUUUCAUGGAAGGUGGCGCCGGUGCCUCGGCGCCUCACGCCUCUGCUCCGGAAAGUGCCAAGGAGAAAGAGGGAAUUAUCCAGAAUGCUGGAAAUAACUCUACUUCUGAAGUGAGCAGCAGUGAAGUAACUUACACAGAUGAAAGUGAUCCGGAUUACUCCUUAGGAAAUGGCCGUGAGUACCAACAUGAAUAUGUAGGGGAGUUUAAGGCAUAUAGGUCAGGGAAGAGAGGUUGGUCAUGCAAAGAGCAAGCAAACAAACCAGAAAGUCUUUCAUUAAUUAUAUUUCCAUUUAAUCUGAACCAGGAAACUAUAGUUAAAAGCUUUGGAACAAGCAGAAUAUUAAGCCAUUGCUUAAUAUCCUGGCUUGUUCCAAAGCUCUUAAGUGAUGAUUUCUGGUUUGGGUAAUGAGAGAAGUUACAUUUAAUUGAAAUUUGGAUAAUGUUUCACCAAAUUUUAAUUUAAAAUUUGCUAGAGUUUCCAGGAACAGUUCAAAGACUUCAUGGAGUUCAUCUAGCACUGGGCACUGUCUUUAAUACAGAGUGAAGAAGGAACUAGAAAUAAGGGUGUAAUUAAUUGGCAACAUUUUCUCAAGGAACAACAAAUGCGGGAAAGAGAAAGAGAAAGCAUCGAAUGCAAUAUACUGAAAGAUGGAAAGGUAGAAGAAUUCAAAAAGUAAAACGAAGGCAGAUUAAAAUUCAAGAGAAGGAUUUUCAGGGCUCCACCCUUCCUGUGCAUUGUGGACAAGUUAAAGGUGUUUUGUAUAAGAAGAAAUUGGCAGCAGGAGUUUCACAGAAGUCCAUCAAGUGUUCUGAUGGAAAGUGGUUUACACCACCAGAAUUUGAGGCUAAAGGAAAACGUGAAAGCUGGAAAGCCUGGAAAAGAAGUAUCUACUGUAAAGGGCUUCCUUUACAAAAAUUAAUAGUGAAUGGAUAUCUUCCUAAUCCAAAACGAAUAUACAGCAGGAGGAAAAAGGUAAAGAAUCCAUCGAUAUCAUUUUGCGAAUCAGCCCAGUUCCAGUCAUCAGCUGUGGUCUGUCAUGAUGGCCCAGAAGAGGCCACGCCAGCGCCAUCAGAAGACGCCACGCCAGGGCCAUCAGAAGAGGCCACACCAGGGCCAUCAGAAGAGACUAUUCCAGUUGCACCUCAAUUGCCAGGCAGGACCCCACACAAGCACCUCCGAGUGGAGCUGGCGCGUCUCUCACCAUCUUUACUCGCUAGGGCAAGGUGCAACCCUCUGGAUUCACCACACACAAGCCCACUGGAUUCACCACAGGUGAGCCCACCGGAUUCACCACAGGCGAACCCACCGGAUCCACCACAGGCGAGCCCACCACCUGUGCCGAGGACACGUCGGAGAUGCCAUUGGCGCUGGAGCAUGAAGCCCCACACUAUGUCAUCCAGCCUAGGACUUGCCAUCCUGCAUUCUGUGUACAAAAUGAAACAACUAUUCCAAAACACCUUUGGGAAUCGCAAAGCAGUGCAGGUGAAGCUCCAAGAUAUCACUGGCCACCUAAUUGGCUUGCAGCAGCAACAUGCAGACCUAAAGAAAGCCCUGGACCGAUGCAGUCGGCUUGAUGCAGCCCUGGAUGUUUUGGCAUUGCAGAAGCAAAUGAACGGCAUAAUUGAGCACCAGAGGCGACUGGAAACAUUAGUGCUGGAGAUCCUGGCAACACUGGGUGUGGAAAGACAGUCCCAGUAAUAGGGAUUCCCCUGCUCAGCGCCUGGAGGCCCCAGUCCUGCCACUAACCACCUGGCCUGGGCGGGGCCAAGGCCUAUAAGAACUGCUGUUGCUGCUGCUACCAGCCAGGAGGACUCCCCUGCUCAGCGCCUGAAGGCCCCAGUCCUGCCACUAACCACCUGGCCUGGGCGGGGCCAAGGCCUAUAAGAACUGAGUUAUGUCGAAAUUGUUUUCUAUUCGGUUGUGUAUUUUUUGAUGUGGUUUAUGUAUUGUUUGUGACUUUUGUAAUUGUGCUAUUGCUGUAUUGUUUUGAUAUUCGACUGGAAGCUGCCCAGAGUGGCUGGGGAGACUCAGCCAGAUGGGCGGGGUACAAAUAAAAAUUAUUAUUAUUAUUAUUAU